GGCGGAAGUUGGCAGCUGCCUUGCCUGGAGUCUGUAGCACAAAGGUUUCCUUGUUGAUGUUCCUCGCAGGAAUCCCGCACCAUGCUGGGCUCGGGCUUCAAGGCCGAGCGGUUGCGAGUCAAUCUGCGCCUGGUCAUCAAUCGUCUCAAGUUAUUGGAGAAGAAGAAAACGGAGUUAGCCCAGAAAGCACGGAAGGAAAUUGCCGAUUACCUCUCUGCCGGCAAAGAUGAGCGGGCUCGCAUCCGUGUGGAGCACAUUAUCCGAGAGGACUACCUGGUGGAAGCCAUGGAGAUCCUGGAGCUGUACUGCGACUUGCUGCUGGCCCGCUUUGGUCUCAUCCAGUCUAUGAAAGAACUGGACUCUGGCCUGGCAGAAGCUGUUUCCACUCUCAUCUGGGCAGCCCCCCGGCUGCAGUCAGAGGUGGCUGAGCUGAAAAUAGUUGCUGACCAACUGUGUGCCAAGUACAGCAAAGAAUAUGGCAAGUUGUGCCGGACCAACCAGAUCGGGACUGUCAACGACAGGCUAAUGCACAAGCUCAGCGUAGAGGCACCUCCAAAAAUCCUAGUGGAGAGAUACCUGAUUGAGAUCGCCAAGAACUACAACGUGCCCUACGAGCCAGACUCUGUGGUCAUGGCUGAGGCUCCCACAGGCGUGGAGGCAGACCUCAUUGAUGUGGGCUUUGUGGACGAGGCAAAGAAAGGGGGCCGAGGAGGAGGAGGAGGCGGCGGUGGCUUCACAGCCCCCUUGGUCGGUCCUGACGGAGUCGUGCCCAUGCCGAUGCCCAUGCCCAUGCCAUCACCAGUUCCGCCUUUCUCCUACCCACCACCAAAAGGGCCGGAAAACCUCAAUGGGCUGCCGGUGGGCACCUACCAACCUUUCACCAGCCUCCACCCUCCUCAGAUUCCAGCCACACCCCCAACAUACGAGUCUAUUGAAGACAUAGGUACGGACAAGGAAGUGCCAUCGUCGCAGGUGACUGGUCCUGGUCCAAAGCCCGAUGGGUGGGUGCGACCGCCGGUUCCUUUGCCCCGGAAAGGGGACAACUUCGUACUCCCCGAGUUGCCGUCUGUGCCAGACACGCUCCCCGCUGCUUCCGUUGGCGGGAGUGGCUCAGCCUCAGAAGACAUUGACUUCGACGACCUCUCCCGGAGAUUUGAGGAGCUAAAGAAGAAGACCUAGGAGCACCUCAGAAGGUGGCCAGCCGGCCUGGGCGGGUGUGUGGUGCGGUGCAGCCCCUCUUAGCAGAACUGGGUGCUCUUUCCACUUUUUUUCCUCUUCCUCCUCUUGGCCUUUUUUUCCUGCUCGACUCACACUCCGCGCCGCUGCUUUUCCAGCGCCCUCCAUUCUGCUCCAGGAGGGGGACGAUGAGGCCUGGGCAGCCCUUGGAAGGCCUGGCUUUGCCAUCUGAAGGGGGAGAAGGAGGUGACCGUGGAACUAGCGCCUCAUUCGAAGAAAGACCGGCAUGGCAACCACGGUGGAAAGCUUUCUGGGCCACUUGGUGGGAAAGAAGCCCUCCCCUGGACGUGCGCUGUGGAAGGGAGGCCCUGCUGCCUUUUGUUUUGCUUGCCACAUUCUCAGGGAACCCUCUGGGGCCUUUAGGACCUUUCCCCUGGGGAGGGGUGCUGUGGAGCGCAGGAGAUACCCCCCCCAUGCACACACACACACACACAUGGGUUUCUGUUGCUUCUGUCCUAUUUCCGCUUGGAGCUGGUGGAGAACCUAGCGUGCUUCCCCACCUGAAAGGAGACCUGACUCUGCCUUAGCAGGGCCCACGUGGGCCCUCUUUCCAGGGCCUGCAGCUGCUCUCCCUCCCCCCUGCCCCGGCUGGCUUCAGGGCGGUUGCUCAACCUCUGCUUUUUCUCUACCUACGUGGCCUGUAGGAUAAAGCCACACCCGGUGGCGGCAGCGGCAGCUGCAGCGGCAGCAGCUGCUCACUAUGGACCAGCGACGGCAUCAGGGGCAGCCUCUGCUCUCCCAUGUAACAACGCCUCUGUAUGUAACAUUUUCAUGUGGCUUUUCGGGGACAAAUUUGGUGGGUUUGUACCUUCUCUGUUAACUCUAAAUAAAGUUGAAGAGUCACCUUU